AUGUUAAGAACUUCUCAAAAAUAUCUUACAAUCAAUAAGGGUUGCUGUGAUCGUUUUCAUCCCUAUGGAAACAUCAUUCAAUCUACAAUUCAAUUACCUCGAUCUAUCGUAGUAAUACCGUGUCGAUAUUAUAAAACACCCAAUUUUAACUCUCGAAAUUAUUAUGAAGUUCUUGGCGUUGAACCUGCAGCAACACAAAAAGAAAUAAAAAAAGCAUUUUACAAAUUAUCCAAAGAAUACCAUCCCGAUUCAAAUGCAGCUGAUAAAUCACUUCAUGACAAAUUCGUUAAAAUCAACGAAGCUUUCAGUAUACUCAAUAAACAAUCUGCACGUAACACCUAUGAUCAAUCUCUUUCUACAAUAUCUCGGUCUCCAUAUCAAUCCUAUCCUCGUUAUUCAGGAACAGAUUGGUCAAAUGUAAAUUCCAAUACUCGAUAUACAUAUCAAAGGCGAACAACUACAAAUGAAUUCACUUGGGGUACACCUCGUUAUGAUCAAGCAUACUAUGAUGCGUUUCGUCGAAAAAUGGAAUCUGAUAGACGACGUUCACAAAAUUAUUCAUAUUAUUAUUCGUCAUCAUAUAAUUCAUCCGGUGGUUAUUUUACUUCAGCAUCUAUUAUUUUAAUUGUUAUUUCAUUUGGUAUGUUCAUUCAUGCAUUACAAUGGCGUACAAUGCGUUAUUCUGAUCCACAAUAUGCUGUCGAUCCAAGAACGCGUCAUUAUCAUGCUUAUCGCGAAUGGCGACGAAUGCAUACUCUUAAAAAUAAUGAAUUUACACAAGAUCCGCGAGAAUCCUCCUCGUCGUCCAUUGAUGAAAAUUAA